UUUUAAAAAAUCCCACUUGCCUAAACAAUGAAUGAUAGCGAUUGCGUGACUACAUCUACACUAUUAGGAAUUAAAAAUCUUUCCUUUCAAGGAUAAUUUAGGAACAUCUCAAUUAUAUGAAAAAUAAAUAUAUUCCUAUUUUUCGCAGGUAAACAACGAAUGGUGGUGGCAGCGUAAAAGCAAAGGUACUGUAAUGCAAUGUAAAAAAAAUUAAAUUUUUUACAAACUAGUAAUAAUUACGAAAUCAUCCCUUCGGAGUAAAUUUAGGACGUGUGUAGUGUGUGGAAACCAUGUUUUCCAAUUUUUUUCUUUCCGUUCUAAAAAGCAGCAAUAUCUGAAUAUAACCAGCGAUACCUAAUUUUGUGUUGUGUGCCAUGUCAUAUGAAACAAUGUCAUAUGAGCUACCAGCUCAGUCUUCCUUUCUCUCCUCCUGAAACUCAACACCGCCCUGUGGGAGAGACAUUGAGACAUGCUCAGUUAAAUAUUUUAUACUCGUUGAGGUUUACAGCGCACGGCCUAAUAUUGUAAUUUUGACAAUAAACUUUAUAUACCUAUAUUCUAUAUGUACUUGACAUGUAUCAUACCCCAGAAAUGGGGUCAAAGGAUAUGAAAUAAAUAAAUAAAUAAAUUGUUUCCACCCUACUAAUACUGAUGAUGGCAUUAUCGCAUUAUACAUGAAUUGUAAACAUUUGAUUAUUUUUGGAGCUGUACAGAAACUAAACUGGAAUGAGCAUAAGAGCAGUGUGUAAAUGUUGAUUGGCAAUAUCCAUCUUUAUGGAAUGAACUAAAUAGGGAUUAUUUUUAUAUAGUUUAAUUUACAUUACACCAUAUGCAUUUCUAAUCAAAUGUACAAUAUCCCAAAUGAUUUUCAGUUACUUCCUAACCUAUAAAAAUUGCAGAGUUAAAAUUUUAUAAAAUAGGGCUUAAACAUUAAUAGAAUUUUUUUUUUAAAUAUUUUUGCAAUUUCCUUCCAUUCUAUCUAAAAACUAGUUAUUUUUGAGAAGUAAAUGUGGAGAAAAAUUCAUUGUGUAAUUUUUAAAAUUAAAUAAAUCCAUUGAAACAAGGCUUACGACCAGAGCUAAUUACAUUUUUCAAUUAACAAAUUAAAAAAAAACUAAAUACAACCCUGUACUGUAACGAUGUUUCUAAACAUCAUUAAUUUUUACUAGAAAUUAUAGUCUCUUGUAUUUCUGUAAGUGCUUCCUAAAAUCCACUUAAAUACCCAAAUUCCUUUUGACAAUUUUUUUAAAUUACCAGUCAAUUAUAAAAUAUGAAACAAAGCCAACAUAAAAAUGAUCAGAGGAAAGAAGUGGUGCAUACAAAAAUUUACAGAAAACCUAAAUAAAUUUACUUCUGCUAACAUUCUCUCCAUGCAACAUUUCAGACUUGGCUUGUCUCUAAUUCAAUUCAUUGACAUUGUAGAGCACAACAAUUCGAUAUUAAUGGAAUUUACCAUUAAUGCACUAAUAUUACAAUACUAAUAAAAAAAUUUGAGAAAAAAUUAGGACAGCAGCGAUUUCCCGGAAGUAAACCGUAAUCGGGAAGCACAGAGGCAAUUAAUCAUGAACUCUUUCGGACAUGUUCCCGUUAAAUUAGUUGAUAAUGAAGUCGUCAAAAAUUAAGUAGUGUAUUAUUCACCGUUAUUACGAGGAAAAACAAAUUAAGGUGUUUGAAAUUCAAGUGGCCUACUUAAGGAAUUCACUGCGAUAGCCAUAUGUUAUUCGCGCAACAGGCAAUUUUAGCAUUCGAAAUGCAUUCCCUCAUCAUAAUGAAUGAGGCGUAGUCUAUACUUACUUUGAGUUUUCUUUAUUCGCGACUUCUUCAGUGUCAGGUUCCAUCAUUUCAACAGCAGUAUUAUCACUCAUUUUGCAAGGCGUAAAGUUAUUGCUGCAGUGGGAAACGUGAGUGUGAAAACGACAAUAUUUAAAAACAUUCUUAAAUGAUUUAAAAGGAUAUUUAAAGUAAUACUUGAUUUAUUGUUUGGACAGAGAAGAAGAUUUACGUGUUUUUAGGUUUUCACAUCGACUGCUCUCGUCUGCGUGCGGGGAGUCAGUAAGGUUGGAGACAUGGCUCUAAGCGAGCAGUCUGAGCCGGACGCGUCGGACUUGAAGCUGAUGUUAUAUCGGAACAACCUGAAACAGGCCCUGCUGUCCGCUCGAGGCUUGCUCAAGCCAAACAGCGCCUCUGACGCCCGGUCGGAGCAGGCGGAGUGCAGAGUCCUCAUCGCGGGCGAGGAUGCUGCGACAGAGCGGGAGGGCCAGACUUCCUCCCCGAGAAGCGAGAAAGCACAGACCAAGGACGGUAGCUCUCAAGCGAGGAAACACAGGAGUCAGCGGACCCCUUCAGCCAGGCAUCCGACGUUUGGAACUGCCGCUGCUAAUGGCCACGGUGAUGAAGGUGAAGAUUGUGGCUUCGGUAGCAAAGAAUCCCAUGAUUCGGAAGUCCUUCCACCUUACAGUGCUAUGGAUUUGCGUAAUAAGUAUCGGAAAAAUGUCCAGCAGUUUGCAUGUCUAUACUGUUACGAAACAUUUCGAAAUAGGAUAGCUUUGAAAUUGCACAUGGAUGCUCAUAGUAAGGAUACUUCCUUGAGCUCAACACGUAGUUUUCCGUUGUUGGAUAAAAGCACCCGCAAAAAGAAGAUCUUUUGUGGUAAAACUACUGAAAAUCCAAAGGCUUUGAAAUGUAAUUUCUGCAAGAAAUCGUUUAAGAAUCUAAGCCAACUGUCACGACACAAGGCAACGCUACACGGAAAGGACCAUCUAAAAAAAAAAGCGUUCACUUGUAAGAAAUGUAGCAAAGUUUUCACCACGCAGCAUCGGUUCAGUGUGCACUUGAUGGAACAUGGGUUGAAGUUCAAGUGUGGUAUGUGCGACAUGCGGUUCAAACACCCAAAAGAAUUAUUUUAUCACAAGUCGACGCAUGUAGAUGACGUGAUUCAGUGCAACAUCUGUAAGGAGGUGUUUGGAAGCAAACUCAAACUGGCCAAACAUCUUGAGGUUCACAAUGAGAAAAAGCAAAAGUUAGUUUGUAAAUUUUGCAAAAAAAUCUUUAAACAUGCCAGUGACAUUGUACAACAUGAAACUACUUGCUCCCUGCGAAAAUCCUUUGACUGUGCAGUUUGUGAUGAGAAUUUUGCAUCAAAAAGCGAACUCACUACUCAUCUCGAACAUCACAUGCAAAAUGAAGAUGGCAAGGAGGAAUUCAAAUGUGAGAUUUGCAGAAGAACUUUCAAGUUUAUCAAACAUUUUACGAGACACAAAAAGUGGUCAAACUGCCAGAAUGUUAUUCCAGGCAAGGAUGGUUCGGGAGACCGUCCAUUACCAAACUCGGGUUUAAAAGAGGCCCCUUGCCACGAGAUUGAUGAAUUUAAACAAGAAGACAUUUAUGUUACAGAAAAACUGAUUGAUUGUGGACCGAAUGAGUUGCUGACUCCGCUGAAAGCAAAUCCGGCAGACAGCGUCGUGAAGAUGGAAGAUAAUGGCGUUGCAGCAGUGGAGUUGCAAACGUCCAAGGCAGAACCGAGCUGUGACGGCAGUGAGACCACGAAUGAGCCGAGCGAUACUUUGUGCUGUGGUGUGUGCGAUGAGAUCUUUGUAUCAAAGGAACUGCUUCAUAACCACCAAGAAGAACACAAGAACUCUGAGUUCCAGUGUACCGAGUGCUCGGCUGUUUUUUCAACCGACUCCAAACGGUACAAGCAUUUAUACCAGGCGCACUACACUAUCAUUUGAGAAAAACUUAUUAAAUUGGUAGUGCAUUAGAGCUGAAAUGACUUUGCCCUUAUAAGGGACAAGGGUCACAGUAAUUCUUAAACCUUCUCUAUGAUCCUAAAAUAGCAUAAAAUAUUAGCUUUUAUGAAAUUAGAAGUCAAUUGGGAAUAUUUUUUCAUAGCGUGUUAUUGAAUUGCUCAAAUUCUAAGCUUUUUAUUUAAUGGGCAUUUUUUUAGACUAUUUUUUUAUUUAAAAAAAAUAUAUUUCAGAAAGGUGGUUAAUUAUCUAUUGAUAAAACAAUAUUUCAUUUAUUGAUUUUUAAAAGAUGGUUGGUUUUGUUUUAAUUUAUUUUACAUAAAUUUUAUUAUAAUUAUAUAUUUAUUGUGUAUAACCAUAUAUUUACAUAACUUUGGUAUAUAUGUGUUUUUUAAGUAUUGAUGUAAAUGCCAAAGGUAUAAAUGUAAAAAUGUUGGUGUAUUUGAUAUUUUUAAAAAAAAGUUCUUUGAAUUUUAAUCAUGUAUUUUAGUAAUAUGUGUUAUGUUUAGUGUGUAUCAAAUCAAAGUAUAUAUCAUUAUGUAAUUUAAAUGUACUUAUUAUGUUACUAAAGACCAAGAAAGCCA